AACAAAAGUACUAACGGUAAUGCUUAAGAGAGUUGAAUUCAGUUGUGCGUAAGAGAACCUCCACAAAAUUAAUUUGAUCUGCGAGAGGUCUCGCGAUCGAUACCCAAUGAUGGAGUCUUUAACACUCCAUUCCUCAACAAUGCCCAUCUCUUCUCCAUCUCAGAUCUCCUUAACAAGAUGCCAACCACGCAGAUCGUCGCAUCUUAAGCCCAAGGUUUUCAGCAGCGAUCGUGCCCUUAAAACUACAGGUUCUAAAAUCACCUGCUCUCUGACCCCAAUUUCCCUAAAAUCCUCGUCAAAUCUCAGCAGCCUGCUGCCCAGCAGGGUCUUGUUUCAGCGGCCCGGUUCCUCAGCCACUCAGGGUCAAUCACGUGACCAGAGGCCUGUUGCAGCCGCCUCUACAUCACAAAACAAUAACAGCAAUGCUCCCGUUGCUGCUCCUUUGCAAGGUGCAAAGCCUCUUCCUUUUGUGAUUUCCGUAGCGGUCGGUCUCAUCGUGCGCUUCCUGGUGCCGAAACCGCUGGGAGUAAGCUUACAGGCUUGGCAAUUGUUAGCGAUUUUUCUGUCCACGAUUACAGGACUCGUCUUGAGCCCUCUUCCAGUAGGCGCCUGGGCUUUUCUCGGCUUAACGACUUCCAUUAUUACGAAAACCCUAACGUUUACAGCGGCGUUUGGCGCUUUCACGAACGAGGUCAUAUGGCUGAUUGUCAUUUCAUUUUUCUUUGCGCGAGGGUUUGUGAAAACCGGCUUAGGCGAUCGGAUCGCUACUUAUUUUGUGAAAUGGCUAGGGAAGAGCACGCUUGGGCUUUCGUACGGAUUGACUAUCAGUGAGGCUCUCAUUGCGCCUGCGAUGCCCAGUACAACUGCUAGGGCAGGUGGAGUGUUUUUGCCAAUCAUCAAAUCUUUGUCACUUUCAUCUGGUAGCUUGCCAAAUGAUAAAUCGUCGAAAAAACUGGGAGCAUAUCUAGUUCAAUCGCAGUUUCAGGCAUGUGGGAACUCAAGUGCUCUGUUUCUAACUGCAGCGGCACAGAAUCUCUUAUGCCUCAAACUGGCAGAAGAACUUGGGGUGGUGGUUUCAAACCCAUGGGUGACAUGGUUUAAGGUUGCAAGUGUGCCAGCCACUGUUGCACUUCUGGCAGUCCCCUAUCUUUUGUACAAGAUCUACCCACCAGAAAUCAAAGAUACUCCAGAGGCACCUGCUAUGGCAGCCAAAAAGCUAGAGGCAAUGGGACCCAUGACAAAAAAUGAAUGGGUUAUGGUUGCAACAAUGCUUCUCGCAGUCUCGUUGUGGGUUUUUGGGGACAUGCUUGGAAUAGCAAGUGUUGUAGCAGCAAUGCUGGGUCUCUCCAUUCUCUUACUUUUGGGCGUUUUGGAUUGGGAUGACUGUUUGAGUGAGAAGUCCGCUUGGGACACACUGGCAUGGUUUGCAGUUCUUGUAGGAAUGGCAGGCCAGCUGACCAACACUGGCAUCGUUCAGUGGAUGUCAGGUUGUGUUGCUAAAUCUCUUGCAACAUUUUCCUUGAGCUGGCCUGCAGCAUUUGCAAUUCUUCAGGGAUCAUACUUUUUGAUUCACUACCUAUUUGCAAGUCAAACAGGACAUGUGGGAGCUUUGUACUCUGCCUUUUUAGCAAUGCAUUUAGCAGCUGGGGUACCUGGGGUACUUGCAGCACUUGCUUUGGCAUAUAACACAAAUCUCUUUGGAGCUCUCACUCACUACAGUAGUGGUCAAGCAGCUGUAUACUAUGGCGCUGGAUAUAUUGACCUUCCUGAUAUUUUCAAAUAUGGAUUCAUUAGUGCCAUAUUCAAUGUUUUGAUAUGGUCUGGAGUUGGAAUUUUCUGGUGGAAAUUUUUAGGCCUCUACUAGUGAGGGGCAACAGAAUAGCACAAGUUAGGAGUUGUAGGACUUUUUAAAAAGAUAUUUCAGAUAUUGAUUCUUGAACAGUUCCAUUUUUAAUUGAUUGAGCCACUAAUUCUGUCCAAGAUCUGAUUCUGUUAAAGUGCAGUACAUACUGAUUCUUCAUUUUAUUUUUGUGAGAGAGAGAAAUAAUUUCCCAGUUAUCAUUUUGAAGCGAAAUGGGUGAAAGAUUUAACAUUUCACAUAUCAAGGCAGUCCAAUAAUUGGCUGUCUGAGUUCAUAAGAGUCAUUAUCAUGUUAUUGCUUUGUUGUAUCCAAUUGAUGCAUAUCCCUCUAUUGAGAACUAUUCUUGAGUAAUUUGACUCAUUCUUCCUUGAA